AUGGCUUGUGCGGUAUGCGAACACUGCGAUUCAACAAUCCGAGUGGGGGAAGGUGCAAUACACGAUGGAUAUAGCUAUCACGACCGUUGCAAAAAAUGUUACGUCUGCAGUGAAACAAACUUACACAACGCAGAAGUAUUCAAAGGUGUAUUAUUUUGCUCCGGAUGUUCUCGGCGUAUUUUCAAAGGCUGUUCCGCAGCGCGGCGAGUGAAGACAAAGGGGAAAAGGCACAGUAACAGACUACGCAAAAGGCGGCCAAGACGUUUAUCGGACAGGGUAAUUGAACUUGCUCGGUUGAAUUCCGCACUUACUAGUGAUAGCCAUACCGAAAAUUCGAAAUUGAGCGCCAAAAUGUUCGCGUCGCCCACUAAGCUAAGAAAAAAAAGCAAAAAUCAUAGAAGAAAUGAAAAUAAAAAAAAUAUCUACAGUGAUCUAAGGAUGGCAGAGCUGGGAGCGUCAACGGAAAUAGCUCACGUCGCUCUGAGGAGACGAUCAGAAGUUCCAGUAAUCAUACAAUCUGAAUCCGCGUUACAGAAAGCCUCGUCGAAGCGCAUGUCGUAUAUAACUCAACAAUCAGAAACUUCCGGAGACCAUUGUACAGAUUCGGAUUAUUCAAAAGAAAUGGUUAAAAUGCACUGGAUGGACAGACGGUUUAGAAGUAUAAUGAAGUUACCGUAUCAAAGCUUUAAGAAGAACAUUUUGACACGCAGCUCUCUCGUCGAUCUGAGCAGCGAAAAUGGAAAAGGGUGUAUUGUCGGAAGAUUUAAGAAUCUCUUCUACCAAGACGUCACUGAACAUCAACGUCGCGGCCUUAAAAGAUUGUAUUCGACGAUAAAUCGUAAGAAAACUCCGUACAAGUUGGGCUGGUUGGAAAUAUUGGCGAAAAUACCAGAGAGUACUGGCUCAAAUGAAUAUCAGGCAAGAGAAAAAGGAAAAGCCAUGUGUAAAAAACUGGAAGCGUUCGAGAUGUGGGUGUACAGACGUAUGUUAAGAAUUUCUUGGAGGGACCGCGUACGAAACACCACCGUGCUACAAAGAAUGGGGAAGGCCACAGAGAUACUUACAACCAUAAAGAGGAGGAAAUUGGAAUAUUUUGGACACGUGAUGCGCAACACCAAAAAAUAUGAACUCCUUCAACUUAACAUUCAGGGGAAAUUUUCCAGAUGUAAGCAUUUCAGGACCUCGCACAGCUACAGGUGUAUGAGAAGUCAAGUCAUGAAGUCAGCCGGACCUACCAGUAGCGAGUUGGCGGUACUAAGAACGAAACUAAAGAAUUUUAUUUUUUGCGAUUUCCUACGGAAUAUACUGAAUUUCAACAAGCAGUUUGUAUGUAUGAUGACGUCACAAGCUUGCAAAUAAACAAUUAAAAAAUGUUAAUAUAUAAAGAUACGAAUUU